AUGCAUGGCGAAAUUGUAGGCGCUAAUGCCGUGAAGGCGUUGAGAGUGUUGUUUCCUGAUAGAAAGUGGAAUUUCGUUGAAGUGACCGUGGAUCGUGCAGAACUGAUGCUUAACAGAAACGAACACAUCAAGCAUUCGCUGAAGCCGAUGGUUUCAGUGAUCGAUGACAGCAUCGGUUGUGCACUUUGGUUUGCUGCCAGGGGUCGAGGUACGGUGAACGGUAAGAAGUACAUCUCCCCCGCGAAGUAUGUAUACAUCGGAAUGGGAUCUGACGAGCUGUUGGCUGGCUACUCGAGACAUCGGCAGGUUUUCAGAACCGGCGGUUGGAAGGCGCUUGCCCAGCAGCUGAAAAUCGAGUUGUCCCGUAUGUGGGAAAGGAAUUCGGGACGUGACGAUCGCGUCUUUUUCGACAACUGUCGCGUCAGCCUCUUGCCUUACGUAGAUGAGGAUUUCGUUGCUGCCGUAAACCAGCUGCCUAUCUGGGUAAAAGCUGAUCUGAGGUACAAACGAGGAAUCGGCGAGAAGAUCAUUUUGCGGGCGGCGCUGUGGAAGCUCGGAUUUGGUUCGUUGGCCUUUGGCAACAAAAUAGCGAUCCAGUUCGGAUCAAGGAUAGCCAAAUUUGAGAAAAGAUCCGAAAAAGGCAGCGACAUAUGCGACCGUCUGCUUUGA